AUGUCUCAGGACUUCUCCGGCGUUUCUCUCAAAGGCAAGACUGCCAUUGUCACCGGAUCUUCUAAAGGUCUCGGUGCGGGCCUUGCAAUCCUCCUAGCCAAGCGAGGCGCCAAUGUCGUCGUCAAUUACGUGUCGGAAGGCAGCGCGAAGCGCGCGCAAGAGGUGACUGAUAAAAUCAACAAUGAGAUCGGCACGAGAGCUGUCCUUGUUCGAGCCGACGUUAGCAAACCGGAGGGUAUCCAGCCGCUAGUUGACGCUGCUUUGACGAUCAGCACGACCGGAAAGAUUGAAAUCUUGAUUCACAACGCCGCCCAAGGUCUCGAAGCCAAUCUCCUUGACACGACACCCGAGUUCUACGACACCCACUUCGACUGCAACGUCAAAGGCCCCAUCUUCCUGACCAAGGCUGUUAUCCCACAUAUUGCGAAGGGUGGACGUAUUGUGUUCAUUUCAUCCGCCGGCGCCCGUCUCGGAGUCGCGGGUCAGACUGUCUACGCGGCUACUAAGGCAGCUAACGAGGCGCUGGUCCGCGUGUGGGCGAAGGAGCUCGGCCAGUCCCAUGGAAUCACUGUGAACUGCGUGAAUCCGGGACCGAUUGCUACCGAUCAAUGGUUCCAGAGCGAUGAGCAGUUUUUGAAGGACAUGCAGCCCUUGAUUGAGUCGACCCCUGCCGCUGCGAGAGUGGGAGAGGUCGACGAUAUCGCACCUCUGGUGGCAUUCCUGUGCAGCGAUGACGCGAAGUGGACUACCGGGUCUUGUUUGUCCGCUAAUGGUGGACUGUACAACUAA